AACGUGUUUUCCUACUUUUUAUUUUUCAGCGUGGCAUUAUGUCUACUCUUAGAAGUCUCGUACACACGUGGGAGCGGACAAUGUCGACGCUCUGACAAGUUCAAGAAGCGGUGGCAGAUGUCGGCCAUGAGCCACUGUUAACGCCAGCUUCCACUGAAGAAUGCUCGCUAUUGCUCGGCUGAUGUCAAAUCACUUUUGUCGAACAGAACAUUUCCGCACACGCCUCCUCUGAAUACUUUAGGAAUGUAAAUGUCUCAGGACAAGUCAGAUCAGGAGGAUGAGCUGCUUGCCUUAGCAAGUAUUUAUGAAGAGGAGUUCCAUCGAGCGGACUCUGCCCAGGGGGGAGAGAUCCAGCUCUGCAUGAAGCUUCCUCCCGAUUUCAAAGUUGUCGUCAAAGGGGAGAAGCAAACUGAACACAAAAUCAGCUUCUUGCCUCCUUUGGUUCUCAACUUUGAGCUUCCUGAAGACUAUCCAUCUACAAAUUCGCCGAUCUUCACUGUCAGCUCAAAAUGGAUGACCAGAGGACAGAUGAGCUCUCUGUGCCGACGCUUGGAUGAACUAUGGGAGGAGAACCGAGGCUGUGUAGUUCUCUUCACCUGGAUUCAGUUCCUCAGCGAGGAGGUGCUGGAGUUCCUGGGCAUUCAGUCUCCUCUCUUAGUCGCCAGGCAUGAAAGUAAGGCGAGCGGGGAGCGCAGCAGGAAAGCUGACCACGCGGCUGCAGUUGGCUCGGAUGUGACACAGAUCGGCAGUCCGUGCGAUUGCUCGGAGAAGAUGAAAAGAGAAGUCAAGAAGAAAAAGUGUGACCAACAGCCCUCGUUGGCGUCUCUCCCUCUGGACCCGCGGGCCAUCGUGUCUGUGGACACGCGCGUCGACCUGCUACCUCAUCUGUUGGACUUUGAUGAGGCGCAACGACAGAGGGUGUUCGACGGCACGCCCUUCUGCUGCGGCAUCUGCUUUACGGAGAAACGGGGUGCCGACUGCCUCUGUUUUAAGGAGUGCCAACAUGUUUACUGCAAAGGCUGCAUGACAGAAUACUUCCAGAUCCAAAUACGGGACGGCAAUGUGCAGUGCCUUAAUUGCCCUGAGCCCAAGUGCUCCUCAAUCGCCGCACCUAUGCAGGUCAAGCAGUUGGUGAACGAGGAGCUGUUUGCCCGCUAUGACCGCCUGCUGCUCCAAUCCACUCUGGACCUCAUGGCUGACGUUGUGUACUGCCCUCGCCACUCCUGCGGCACGGCGGUCAUGGUGGAGCCCGACACCACCAUGGGCAUCUGCUCCGUCUGCCAGUAUGCCUUUUGCACGCUGUGCAAGAUGGGGUACCAUGGGGUCUCGCACUGUAAGAUCCCCGCAGAGGAGUUGCGCAGCCUUCGAGACGAGUACCUGUCUGCUACGGCCGAGGGCAAAAAGUUUAUGGAGCAGCGCUUUGGGAAAAGGGUGAUCCAGAAAGCCGUGGAAGAGUCCUUUAGCAGAGAUUGGCUCAAUGAGAACUGCAAAUGCUGCCCCCACUGUGGCACCAACAUACAGAAAGUAGACGGCUGCAACAAAAUGACGUGCACCUCGUGCCACCAUUACUUCUGCUGGCUGUGUCUGGGCGUGCUCAACAAAGCCAACCCGUACAGUCACUUUAACAACCCACACUCGCCCUGCUACAAACAACUCUUCCACGGUGUGGAUCUGGAUGAAGAAGAUGCCUUAUGGAGUGAUGAAGAAGACUGAUGUUCUUUGUAGUGCACCCCGCCUGAAUGCACUUUAUCGUACACCACAGUCUGUUCAUCUUUUGAUUCUUGCGGCAAAGUGUUUUGUUUUUUUUUCCUUCAUGAUCAUCACAAAUUUGACACUUGACUAGGUACACCAUAUAAUGACAUCCAUUAGAAUGUUUAGAAAACUCUUUUAGCCUUGAUUGUGGCAGCAAUGCGGCUUUAUAAAGCAUACACCCAAAUGUACCCCCUAAAAUAUGAUUCCACCAAUAAAUGUAUUGCACCUGGGCUGCCCAAACUUUUUUGACCGAAGAUCUACUUUUCAAUCAACCAACCUCCCGCGAUCGACCCGUUACACACGCAUGCCAUGAUGAGCAAUAGCCUAACGCUGAGGCAUGCGAUGCACUUAGGCAGCCUGUUGGCAAUCGUAGCUCACGCGUACCGUUUUAAAAUGCUUCUCUCGGCCCUCCAGAUUCCCAUUCUUUGCCCGUCCCCUUGGCGAAAUGGACAAAACAAACUGAAUGAGAAUAAGAUAACGAUAAAAGAUAUACCGCAACAAGUCUGAUCACAAGCUGCAACUGCAGACUGCUGAGCGCAAACAACUUUCGGUGACGCAGUCAUGUCACCGUAGGUUAAAGCUUACCUUCUUUAUCUUUUUUUCUUUUUAAAAUACUUUUUGUGAAAGAGAGACUGAUAGAAUGAUUAGGGCGCAGUGUGCAUUAACAUCAAAAAUGUUUUUUAAUUAUAUAUAUAUAUUACUAACAUGUAUGUUUUGGGUUUUUGUCUCCCCCUCUCCACCCCUCGGAUCGACUUGGGAUCAGUCCUUGAUCUACUGGUUGAUCGCAAUCUACGUAAUGAUCACCCCUGUAAUACACAUUAUCAGAAUCUUUGGAUUAAUUCGCUUUUUAUAAGAGGUGUAUAAAAUUUGGUGAGUGGAAUGAAAUGCGCUGACAUAGCCCAGUAUGCGCUAAUAGACCAUAAUUGUUCUUUCAUGAUCUCAUUUCACUGCACGGGAGGACCAAAAUAUUGGGAUCUCACAUUAGUGGGCCCAGUGAAGUGGCUGUGUAUGUCUACGUCAGUGUCCCUGAAAAAUGUACUCGCUCAUUGACUGGCCAUUGCACAUAUAUUUCAGUUUGAUUUAGAUGUUGACUUAAAUACAUUAAGAAAAUUGAAUGCCACAAAAGAAAACGGUAAAAAACAAACAAAACAAAAAUAAGUAAUUGGGCAGUCAAAGAGUGAGUACAUUUUUGGAGUGUCCCUCUUUAUAUGGAGGUAGUGGCAGAACGGAAUCAGCACAUUUUAAAUGCAGUCUUUGUAUUUUGGAAAUGAUGGUUUGAUUAUGUCCUUUCAAAAACCUCCCUAAUCUCGUGUUUUGAUCGGGACUGAUUGUAUCAUGUGUGGUUUUAAACAUUGUUACUACAGAGGAGGGGCGUUUGUGGCAUGAGUUGCCAAAAGUUACAAGUUGAAAUUUGUUUUUGUUUUUUUGGUUUUGUUGUCAUCGCAAGGACCCUCAUUCAACUUCAAAAUAAAUGUCCUCCGUUUGGCACUGAAA